UGUAAACACGGGAGCAGGGCGCCGAAGCCCGGGAGGUCAGGGAAGCCGGGCCGCGGGCGGCGCCGAGAACCGGGCUUGACAGGGGGCGGGGGUUCCAAGACGGGGGAAGAGAGAUCACAAGGGAGGAACGGACUGGAGUUGGAGCACGAUCCCAGGGGGCAAACCUGGAAAAUGGCUCAGCCACCACUUCGAGGAGUGACCAGCUUGCGAUUCAACCAGGAUCAAACACCAGCUGCCUUCCACCUCUUCAUCUCCCAUCCCCAGGCUGCUUUUGCUGUGCCAUGGAGACAGGUGUGCGCAUCUACAACGUGGAGCCAUUGAUGGAGAAGGGACAUCUGGACCAUGAGCAGGUGGGCAGCACGGGCCUGGUGGAGAUGCUGCACCGCUCGAAUCUACUGGCCCUGGUAGGCGGGGGGAGCAGCCCCAAGUUCUCAGAAAUCUCAGUGCUGAUUUGGGAUGAUGCCCGGGAGGGCAAGGACUCCAAAGACAAGCUCGUGCUAGAGUUCACCUUUACCAAGCCCGUGCUGGCUGUGCGCAUGCGCCAUGACAAGAUCGUGAUUGUGCUGAGGAACCGCAUCUACGUGUACUCCUUCCCCAACAACCCACGAAAGCUGUUUGAAUUUGACACCCGGGACAACCCCAAGGGGCUCUGUGACCUCUGUCCCAGCCUUGAGAAACAGCUCCUUGUGUUCCCAGGACACAAGUGUGGGAGUCUGCAACUUGUGGACCUGGCAAGCACAAAGCCUGGCACGUCAUCUGCUCCCUUCACCAUCAAUGCACAUCAGAGUGAUGUGGCUUGCGUGUCCUUGAACCAGCCGGGGACUGUGGUGGCCUCGGCCUCCCAGAAAGGCACCCUCAUUCGCCUAUUCGACACCCAGUCCAAAGAGAAACUGGUAGAGCUGCGACGAGGCACCGACCCUGCCACCCUUUACUGCAUUAACUUCAGCCAUGACUCGUCCUUCUUGUGCGCUUCUAGCGAUAAGGGCACAGUUCAUAUAUUUGCUCUCAAGGAUACUCGUCUCAACCGCCGCUCUGCGCUGGCUCGCGUGGGCAAAGUGGGGCCUAUGAUUGGACAGUAUGUGGAUUCCCAGUGGAGCCUGGCGAGCUUCACCGUGCCUGCCGAGUCAGCCUGCAUCUGUGCUUUCGGGCGGAAUACUUCUAAGAAUGUGAACUCUGUCAUUGCCAUUUGUGUCGAUGGGACCUUCCACAAGUAUGUCUUCACCCCAGAUGGAAACUGCAAUCGAGAGGCUUUCGAUGUGUACCUUGAUAUUUGUGAUGAUGAUGACUUCUAAGGACCCUGGAAGCUGGAUUAGGGACCUGCCAUGGCAGGCUGCCAGUGGAACCUUGGUGUGGGUGUGGGGGAGGGGUGCUGUGGAAGUCCCCAGGCAGCAAGCAUGAAUGGGGCCUGUGCCCCCUGCUCAACUCGGCAGAGCCAUGUGUGAAUAAACAGCCUAACUUCCCCAAGAAUUUCUUGGUAACUGUAUGCACACAAAGGGCCAGGGACUGAAGGAGGCACCAGAACCAGCCGUUGAAGACUGUAGGAGCCCCGGAGGGCAUCACCUAAUCCCAUGUGGGGAUUUUAAAAAACUUCCCAGAAAAGAGAUCAUCUCAGAUGCGAUUAAUUGGAAUAAAAGGCUUUUUAAUAACA